UUGUCCAAAAAUCUAAAUACAAAUCUUUUUAGAGCCAUUUAUGUACAGACUACUGAACAUUGACAAUGCGUUUGACUUCUUUUUUUUUUUUUUAUAAAUAUAUAUAACCAACACUGCCUACAACAUGAAGACACCCUACAAUAAUAUGUGAACGGUUUUGAGUCUAUACAAAUCACAGCAGUGGGAAGGAAAACACGCAACACGAACGCAGGAUAUUACGGAGAAAGAAACACCUCCGAAGUGUAAAAUAAGCUCAGGAAGUCAUUAUUAGACCUGAAUGCAUCGUAAUAAGGUUCUUCUGUGCAGACUUGUUGCGAAAUGAGAAACGGAGUGACACAAAAAAAGGGGAAAAAAGUAUCCAGUGUUGAAUGUUACUAACCAGUUCCUCCCAGGCUGGGCUGCGGGUGUAAUGGUAGACAUCCUCCAUAGUCCCGGACCUCUGUGUCCGCUCCGGGGAGACAAAAGAAAGGAAUCAGGGAAAGGUGGAGGGACUCUCGACCUGCCUCGCUGCCGUUACACCACUCAUAAGCGCGCAGAAGAGACGGGAUUUAAUUCGCCUUGUCGUCCCCUUCGCUGCCACCGCUCUCCUCCCGCAUGCUCCGGUCCUUUCGCUCCGCGCUAUACUCCCUCUCUCUCCCCCUCUCUCUCUGGAGGGCCGAGCCUAUCUAUCGGCGCGCUCCACGUGAUAAAUGUCAGACCCGCUUAAACGCGCGCUGCUCGGCACGGUUUGGUCACAGCCCGGUGGUGGGGAUCACACGCGCACAAACUCGAGGUUGUGUACACGCUAUGUGUGGGCGUGCAUGUGAGUAAAUCAGUGUGUGUGUGUGUGUGUGUGUGUGGGAGUGUGUCGUUUAUAUUACGUCAUCGAUUUAGGUAUUGUCUUUGCUAAUCCACGAGAUCAUGGAUGAUAGAUUUCCCUUCACUGAGCACUUUCCUUGAAGUCAACAAAUAAAUAUAGCAUGUGUAUUUAUUUUGACAAUUAUUUUUAAUUGUUUAAGUUGUUUUUUGUAAAGCAUCACUUGUUGUCAAAUUUGCACUAUAUACAUAAAUCGACAUUAAAAUAUGUUUUAUUCGUGUUUGAAUAUAGCAAACUGCCACUUAUAACACAAUAAUAAUAAUAAUCAGACAACAUAACAUAACAGUAGCAGAUGUGGAGCAUGACAACAACAAGGAAGACAAUACAUCAUAUUGUAUUUGAUUGUUAAAAAAUGAUAUCCUAUAUAAGACAAAUAGUCUGGGGCUUCAUUUUAUCAUGUGCUGUGAGUUAGAAGGGACCCAACAGUUUUUUUUAAAAUGAUUAUAUUAAUAGAAAUUUUAAUAAAUUUUUACAUUUGUACGAUCGAUAAUAAAAUUAAUCAGUUUAAAAUGUUAAAAUGAAAUCAACGCAUUCUUGGAGCGAUAACUUUUGUUGGGGCAUACUUUAGCCUAUGAGAUUGUGAAAAAAGUGUUUUGUUACUCAAACAUACACACAGUCUGCACACACGUUCAAAAAAUAAAUGUACCCAAGGAAUUAUUAUCAUUAAAAUCAUAUUCUUCUAAGUGUUCUAUUUUAUUCACUAUGGCAAAGCAACCCAACGACUGUUAUAGUCGCAUUACGAUGUUACUAAUGUUGUAAAUACGAGGUCGGAACCAUCGAAGCUCAAAGGAAAUGAAACCACUACGGAAGACUUUAGCUCCGGUCCCAUUUGUCCCUCUGUUAUUAUCUUCCGACUCCUACAAGCUGAGCCGACAUAUAUUAUGAAAUGGGUACAGGGCCGGUCGGGACAUAGCUUGAGGGUUUUAUUUCACACUAUGUUUUAGAUGGUUUAAGGAUGCACACCCAGAUAUUAUGUAGCGGCACGGCAGCGGCCGUCGCUGCCCGAAGAAUGCGGAAUAUUUUGGGGGCUGUUCUGGGGAGAGACGGCUGGAUGUGGAGAACUCAUGAGGUCAAACUUCUCAACACAUCUGCAGGCGACACGGUGACGAUUGGAGAGAUCUCCUACAAACUGAAAACACCCUGGAAUCCUGAGCUUGUUCCUGUCAAACACAUUUCAGACUCCUUACCUCAGACAGUGGUUCAGCACCUGCGAUGGAUCAUGCAGAAAGACCUUUUGGGCCAGGAUGUGUUUCUCAUUGGCCCCCCCGGACCGCUGAGACGAUCCAUAGCUAUGCAGUACCUUGAGUUGACCAAACGGGAAGUAGAGUAUGUCGCUCUGUCCAGGGACACCACAGAGUCUGACCUGAAACAGAGGAGAGAGAUCCGCUCCGGGACGGCCUUCUACAUAGACCAGUGUGCCGUAAGGGCAGCAACGCAGGGUCGGGUCCUGGUCCUGGAGGGGCUGGAGAAAGCAGAGAGGAAUGUUCUGCCCGUCCUCAACAACCUGCUGGAGAACAGGGAGAUGCAGCUGGAGGACGGACGCUUCCUCAUGUCAGCUGAGCGUUACGACAAGCUGCUGCAGGAGCACACCAAAGAGGAGAUGGACAGCUGGAAGAUAGUCCGUGUCAGUGAGGACUUUCGGGUCAUCGCUCUUGGCCUUCCUGUCCCCAAGUACAAGGGCAACCCCUUGGAUCCUCCUCUCCGCUCUCGCUUCCAGGCCAGAGAUGUCUAUUACCUCCCGUUUAAGGACCAGUUGGAGCUGUUGUACACAGUCGGACCAAACAUUGCUGCAGAAAGGGUGUCCCAGCUGCUGUCAUUUGCCACCACGCUGUGCUCCCAGGAAUCAUCCAACCUUGGCCUUCCUGACUUCCCUGUGGACAACCUGCUUCCUGCCCUCCAUGUGUUGAAUGCUUUCCCCAUGCUAUCCUCCCAGCAGCUGGUCCAGAGACUUUACCCCUACAACAGCAUGCUGGGCAAGGAUGGGCGCACCGCCGUGGAGGGCGUUCUCAGUAGAUUUGAGCUUUUGGAUGGUCGUCAUCAGCCAGCUCCCAGCGCCAUUUUGAGUGUGUCCAGGACGAAGGAUCCUGAGGGCCAUGCAGACGUCUCGUUACGUGUCGCGGACAAGGACAUCACCUUUCAGGUUCCAGCCGGCAUCAAGGAGCCGCGGCCACCCAACAGUAGCCCUACAUUCAUCAGCACACCGAGCCAAUCGCAGCUGAUGGCGGAGAUGAUGCAGUCACACAUGGUGAAGGACUUUUGUCUGAUAGGAGCCAAGGGUUGCGGCAAGUCAGUGAUCGCAAGAGAGUUCGCUGAGAUGCUGGGUUACAGCAUCGAGCCGCUCAUGCUCUACCAGGACAUGACAGCCAGGGAUCUUCUCCAGCAGAGGUACACUCUGCCCAAUGGAGACACGGCGUGGAGGCCGUCCCCACUGGUCACCACUGCCAUUGAGGGCAAGCUGCUGCUUCUGGACGGUAUACACAGGGUCAACCUGGGAACCCUGGCUGUUCUGUCUAGGUUGCUCCACGACAGGGAGCUGGAUCUGUACGAUGGGACCAGGCUCCUGAGGUGGGACAGAUACCAGACACUAAAGGAACAACUGGAGUUCAGUGACCAGCAACUGCAAGAGAGGUUGAUCUUCCCCAUCCAUCCAUCCUUCAGGGUGCUGGCUCUGGCGGAGCCCCCCGUUGUGGGUGCCAGUACGAGCAGCAGCAGAGGUCCGCAGCAGUGGCUGGGUCCGGAGCUGCUCACUAUGUUCCUCUACCACACGGUCAGCCCUAUGGCCAGAGCAGAGGAGAUGGACCUCAUACAGGGGCUGACCCGUGACGUUCCAAAGGAAGCAGCCGAGCAGCUCCUACACCUCACACACAGUCUCCGCAAGACAAAUGACCCUACAGCGCAGUCUCUGGCCUCUUCUCUCUCCACCAGACAGCUGCUGAGGAUCUGUCGCCGUCUCUCUCAGUACCCCGAGGAGAGCAUCGCUCACGCUGUCAAUAAGGCCUGUCUUUCCAGGUUCCUGCCCAGCCUGGCCCGUGCCUCUCUUGAUAAAAGCCUCGCCAACUGCUCCUUACAGGACACACCAGAUCCAGCUGAACACACCCGAGACUUCAGCUAUUCGACAAAGGAUGGUGUGUUGACUAUUGGCAGUGUGUCUGCUCCCGUCUACAGCGCCACUGAGAAAAUGAAGAUUCCAGAUGUGCUCUUCUAUGAUAAUCCCCAGCACAUGAUGGUGAUGGAAGACAUGUUGAAGGACUUCCUUUUAGGAGAGCACCUCCUCUUGGUGGGCAACCAGGGCGUCGGUAAGAAUAAGAUAGUGGACCGAUUCCUGCACCUUCUGAACAGGCCCAGAGAAUACCUACAGCUCCACAGAGAUACGACCGUCCAGACUCUGACCCUGCAGCCUUCAGUCCGAGAUGGCAUCAUCAUGUACGAGGACUCGCCUCUGGUCAGUCACACAGACGCACACACUUUUACUUUUACGGGAUCAUUCCUCCUGUUGUGUUUGCUUGUCAUGUCUGCUGACUGCGACCGUGUCUCCUUCAAAGAUCCACGAGAAGCUGAGAGGAGGCCCAACACCAUAGUGAUGCACCCAGACUUCAGGAUGCUCGUCCUCGCUAACCGACCUGGCUUUCCCUUCCUGGGCAAUGACUUCUUUGGAGCUCUAGGUGAUAUCUUCAGCUGCCAUGCUGUGGACAAUCCAAAGCCCCAGGCGGAGCUGGCAAUGCUUAAACAGUACGGCCCCGACGUUCCCGAUGCCACGCUGCAGAAGCUGGUGGCCGCCUUUGGAGACCUGAGGUCCAUGGCCGACCAGGCCACCAUCACCUACCCCUACUCCACCCGAGAGGUGGUCAACAUAGUCAAACACCUCCAGAAAUUCCCCGACGAGGGUUUGGCCAACGUGGUGCGAAAUGUCUUCGACUUUGACUCGUACAACAAAGACACGCGAGAGGUUCUGAUCGAAGCGCUGCACAAGCACGGGAUUCCCAUCGGAGCCAAGCCCAGCUCUGUCACACUGGCUAAGGAGUUGCCCCUGCCGGAGGUCAAGAUGACGGGGUACUGGACAAUAAACCAAGUCGGCAACGCUCGACGCAAACUGCUCUGUCCCACUGAGACACACUCCAUAGACAUCAAGGGCCCCGUGUUUCUGCGUGUUCAGAGCUCCUCCUGCAACAGACAGGAAAGCAGGGCUUUGAGUUUCAGCGAAGAGAAAGCCCACUGGCAGAUUCCCAUGAGUGAAGUCAACAUCAUCUGCGAUGUCGCCACCAAAGAUGAUGUGCUGUACGUAGCCACGUGUAACCCCGUGUCGCUGUACUCCAUGAAGGAGCGCGGGGAGACGAUUCAGUGCAUGGAGCUUUACGACGUCUUCCCCAGGACCAUCAGUGGCGUCUGGCAGCCCUUUGUCACCGUUGCACCCCUUGGGAGUCCUCUUGAUGGACAGGUGGUGCUGCACGAGGAACAGAGUAACACAGUGCUCCAUUUGGACAUGGUGACGGGCGCCGUGCGGAGGCUCAUGUUGUCUCCGGACACGGAUCAGCCCUCCACCAAAGCCUCCAGCUGGUGGAGCAGUAAGGAGCAACAGGCAGCGCAUAAAAUGUGCCACGACUUCGCCCACAAAAACUGGCUCCUCUUCUAUAAGGAGGAGGGCAACCAGCUGGACGUGCUGGACGUGCUGGAGGGCCGGGUUCACUCCAUCUCGCUUCCAAUCAACCUGAAGUCUGUCUACCUGGUGGCAGAGGACCGCUGGCUGCUGCUGGAGAGCAACACCAACAAGAAGUUCCUGCUGACCAAGCCCUUGCAUAUGUCAGCUGAAGACUCGGGCGUGUGUCAGCUCCACAGCAUCAGCGAAGACUCGGUCAGCUCAGGCCACGGAGCCAGCUCAGAUGAGGCGUCCGUCCCCCAGAUGCUGUCAUGUGAGCAGCUCCCCAACGAGAACCUCAGCGCCGCUCUGGACCAGAAGAUUGUUUCCCCCAACCGCAUACUGGCCGACAGCGGCUCCUUCGCCCGGGUCGUUGUGGGCUUCCCAGACCUCGUGUCCGCUAAUGAGGUGUACAGCUUUAAGAGGCCUGUUGACCUCUCAGUGAUGAAGAGUGCUGAGAGCGGGGCUCACAUGUUCCUGAGAGGUGGGCUCCGGUCCAGCGAGGCCAAACGGGAGAAUUGUGUCAGCCUGCUUUCAGCCAAUCAGGUGGUCCGAGCGCUUCCACCCAACAAGGUGCCCUUGAGGGAGGUCUACCCCAAAGACGUCACUCCUCCGAUGACAGCGGCGUACCUGGAGGUGACCGAUCUCAACUCCAAAAAAGUCAAAUAUAUUCCCGUCCCGAGGUCGAUGACCGUGUCGCCUUACACCAGCUGGUUGUCCAAGGUGUCCGAGUCGGACGUGCUCAUAGCUGCUCUCGGUUCCGGGGGCGUCGUCACGGUGGACAUGGGUGGGUACGUCCGGCUCUGGGAGACGGGGUUAGACACCCUGCAGCGAUCGCUGAUGGAAUGGAGGAAUAUGAUUGGGGCAGAGGAUGGCAGACCUUUACAGAUUACCAUCCAGAGGGACAGCGGCCUGGACGUCACCGCCCCGAAACAUGGCAAGACGGACCCCAACAACGCUCCUCAUGUUGGGGGAAACCAGUGGGCAGGAGGCACAGGCGGCAGGGACACGGCGGGGCUGGGGGGCAAAGGGGGCCCCUAUCGGCUGGACGCGGGACACAAGGUCCACCAGGUCUCCCAGGUUGAGAAAGACGCAGUUCCUGAAGAGGUCCGCAGAGCCGCCCGCGAAAUGGGUGAAAAAGCCUUCAAAGAAAGGUUGAAGGAGAUUAAUAUGAGCGAGUAUGAUGCUGCCACGUACGAGCGCUUCUCCACCGCCGUCAGGAGACAAGUUCAGUCUCUACGCAUCAUCCUGGACAGUUUACAGGCUAAAGGGAAGGAGCGGCAGUGGUUGAAGAACCAGGCUCUGGGAGAACUGGACGAUGCUAAAAUCAUAGACGGACUGACGGGAGAGAAGGCCAUAUACAAACGCAGAGGAGAGCUGGACCCAGAGCUGGGCAGUCCUCAGCAGAAGCCGAAGCGUCUCCGGGUGUUAGUGGACGUGUCGGGCAGCAUGUACCGCUUCAACGGCGUGGACGGCAGGCUGGAGCGCUCCAUGGAGGCCGUGUGUAUGGUCAUGGAGGCUCUGGAGAGCUACGAGCACAAGUUCAAGUACGACGUCGUGGGCCACUCAGGCGACGGCUACGACAUCGAGCUGGUCAGAGCGGAUAAAGUCCCCAAGAAUAACAAAGAGAGACUCAAAGUCCUCAAGAACAUGCAUGCCCACUCUCAGUUCUGCAUGAGCGGCGACUACACUCUGGAGGGCACCGACGCCAGCAUUAAGGAGCUGGCGCGAGAAGAGGCCGACGAGCACUUCGUGGUGGUGCUCAGCGAUGCCAACCUGGAGCGCUACGGCAUCCGGCCCGAGCGCUUUGCCCAAGUCCUGACCUCUGACCCGCAGGUCAACGCCUUUGCCAUCUUCAUCGGAUCCCUCGGCGAUCAGGCCGAAAGACUCCAAAAGACCCUUCCGGCAGGGAGAUCCUUCGUGGCUUUGGACACCAAGCAGAUCCCCCAAAUACUGCAGCAGAUCUUCACAUCUACGAUGCUGUCCAAUGCCUAAGACUGACACACACACACACACACACACACACACACUCACCUCUUAUCUCACACAUUCAAAACCUCAAGAUCUGCUCUGACAAAGCUCGGAAGCUUGUCAGACUUUAAGGUUGUGACUCAUCACGGUCCUGAACCCGCCUUCUGUAUCAGAUUAUACAACUUUAUUUCAGCUGUAUCAGUACUGAAGACUCUCCUUGAAGGGAAGAGACUGUUGUGGUUAUUAUUUUUACAGAAGCCUUCAGCCUGUCAGCCAAAUCUAACAGUGAAAUAAUAUUUAACCGCUCUGUAGUGUCCCUCUAGGAAUAGGUACUGUACCAUGUGGUCUAUUAAAAAGCCUGUGAUCUUGUGCAUGACUGUACUCUACUGUAUAAUGAGACGCACUGUCUCGGAAGCAACAGUGACCUAAUGAAUGCCUGGAGCCUGUCUCAGACCCCGUGUGGGGAUCAAACGCACGGCCCUAAGCUGUUGUUGUUUUCGACCAACUGAGCUAACAGCGCGCAGGCAGGAACCACCUGACCGACACUUGGAUGUGACGAGCGGCAAUAACUUUGCUCCAGAGGAAUGCUGGGACUGUGACCAGGGAAUUUCCCCCCACCUGACUGCGCACGCUAUUUAAAGGCAGCCACUGUUGCACAACCACCGGCUGUGUGUGUGUGUGUGUGUGUGUAUGUGUGUGUGUGUUCUCCUACAGCAUCUAUGACAACAUGCACGAGCCCUUUCCUUCCUUGCUGCUGGACCUCGAUCGCUCGUCUCAGUCCUGCAGGAAUCCGAGACCCCCUUUCAUUGCCAGACCUCCCACUCCUCAAACACCUUUGGCCCCUGCAAGGAAAAUUAGGAGGAAAAGACUCUCUGACAUGCCGGUGUGUGUGUGUGUGUGUUAGUUGUGCUCGUUAAGGGAUUAAGCGCACACAGACCUGUGUUCGUGCUCAAUGACAACAUGCUGUGCAGUCAGAUUAAUUAAUUCACCCGGUCUGAGCCAAUUUGCAGACACGUGCAUCCGAUACUGUAUCGGUUUCGCCCCCUGGUUGUGAUACUUGGUGUUCACGCCUCUCUAUGGUCGACUCAUCGGAUCAAUAGAACAGCCUCACUAACUAUCAGGCUCCAUUGAUCGCUCUCCGAUAGAGGGAUGUGUUUUUAUUAACCCACUUCCGUCCCCCUUUGACCCUCUCUCUCUCUCUCUCUCUCUCUCUCUCUCGCUCUCUCGCUCUGUUGAAUAGCUGGAAAGAGCAAAAGUGACCUCGGUUAAAACUGGACAUGUUUGUCUGUAGACGUUUUGAUUACACGUCAUAUGUUUGCAGUUGAAACUCCAUGAUUGGGCAUUUCAAGUGUGCAAAUUAUAAAGCACAUUAUAAUCACAUACAUUUUUAAUCAUUUUAGUUUUAUUUAAUUGUACAUUGUUGUAAGUUUAUGUGUAAAAGUAAUGUACAAAAUGUUAAUAAAUCCUGUUAACAUUGCCCAGUUGAUUCUCCAGGUCUGUACUGUCUUUGAGUAAAGACAAACACACACACACACACACACACACACACACACACACUCACUUCGUAUCUCACACAUUCAAAACCUCAACAUUUUCUCUGCGAGCUCGGAAACUUGUCAGACUUUCAGGUUUGAGGUUGUGAUUUAUCACGAUGUGUCCUUAACCCGCUUCCUGUACCAGAUUAUAUAACUUUACUUCAGCUGUGUCAGUACUGAAGACUCUCCGUUUGUAUGAUGAGACAAGAUAAUGGAGAAAGUGCACUGUGUGUGAUUGUGUUCUUAGAAACUGAGACCGCUCAGCCUCACUCUCGUUUCUCCCAUGGUCACUUUUUCCAUGUGUCCGCUGCUUCCUCUGUUUGUUCCAAACAAACCUCUGGACAACUCAAACAUGUCCUCUUGUAGAGGACUUUAUUACAGAGAAGGUACAUCUGACUCAUGGAAGUUAGAAUCAAUCAAACUUUAUUUGUAUUUCAUACAAGUGCAGUUCAAAGUGCUUCACAGAUGAUUGACAAGUUGAAAUGAGAUAGUUUGGACUGAAAACAACAGAAAAU